AUGAUACAGAGAAUCGACGUCAAGGAGCCUGUCGAGAGCUUUGUGAAGGCCCUCGAGCAGGACGGCCUGGUUGUCGUGCGGAACUUCGCCAGCGCCGACGACCUGGUUCAAUCUCUGCAAGAGGUGCAACCGUACCUCGACGCAGACAAGCCGUGGGAGGGAAAGCUCUUCCCGCCGGAGACUAAACGCUGCUUCCGUCUUAUUGGCAGGUCCAAGACGGUCCGGGAGAAGUUCUUCAGCCACCCACUCUACCAGCAGGUAAGCGAGCACUUCCUUGCCCGCACGACGACCAACUACUACGACGACACACCCACCACCUACACGACCCACCCGUUGCUCUCCAUGUCGAUGACGAUGGCGAUUGGUCCUGGCGCCAAGGCGCAGCGCAUCCACAGGGACGAGAAGAACCACCAUGCCACGCACGUAAAGUCCGAAACCUAUGUCAUGGGCAACGACCUCCUUGUUGGUCUCAUGGUGCCUACAUGUGCCACCACUAUCGAGAACGGAGCCACACAGGUCAUCCCGGGCUCCCAUCUGUGGGGCGACCACAGACCGCCGUAUCGUGACGAGCUUGUCAGUGCCGAGCUCGACCGGGGGGACGCAGUCCUCCUUCUUGGUAGUCUCUACCACUGUGGUGCUAACAACUACUCCACCCAGAUCCGGCCUAUGCAUAUCAUGUUUCAGUGUCCGGGUGUAUACCGCCAGGAGGAGAUCCCUUGGCUCUCGUACGACGUGCAGGACGUGAAGACGUACUCUCCGCUUGUACAGCAACGACUCGGCUACGUUUCAAGUGCUCCGAACCUAGGCUGGGUCGACCUCAAGAGUCCCGACUUCCUGCUCCGUGAGGAGGGCGACGAGGUUGGCCACAAGGAUCUCGACGAAGCGUAG